AUGGCCAACGACGCUGCCGUCCUCAUCGAGUCGUCCAAAAAGGCCGCCGCCUACCAGGCCGUUGACGACUAUCUCCUCCCAUCUUACAAGUUCAUCGGCAUCGGCUCUGGCAGCACCGUAGUCUAUGUCGUCGACGCCAUUAAAGCAAAGGGCCCCUCGUUUUACGGUGACAUGACCUUUGUCCCCACCGGCAGCCAGUCCAAGGGCCUCAUCACCGCGGCCGGCUUCCGCAUGAACAACCUCGACGAGCGUCCUGUCGUCAAUGGCAGAGCCGUGGCGCUCGACGUGGCGUUUGACGGCGCGGAUGAGGUCGACGAGGAGCUUAACCUGAUCAAGGGCGGCGGCGCAUGUCUCUUUCAAGAAAAGCUCGUCGCCACGGCUGCCAAGAAAUUUGUCGCUGUUGCCGACUCGCGCAAACAGUCACCCCGCCUCUGCACAAAGUGGAAGACUAUCCCCAUUGAGGUCCUCCCAAUGGCCGCUCCCGAUGUCCUCACCAGACUCAUUGGAAUGGGCUCGACGAAUCCUGCCGUGCGAUCUGGCUUGCCCAGCAAAGCUGGCGAGUGCGUGAGCGACAAUGGCAUGUGGAUCAUUGACGCGCCGUUUCCCUCCUUGCUGCUGCCCAAGGACCUCAACGAUAGCCAAGACGGCUCCGGGCAAGGCGGCAUCUGGGAAGUCAACAAGCUUGCCGACGCUCUCAUCAAGCUGCCCGGCAUCGUCGAGAUUGGCCUCUUCUAUGGCUUCAAUGGCGACGAGGCUGUCAAGACGAACCAGGUUCUCCCCGCCCAAAAACCCAUUGCUGCCUACUUUGGCCUGCCUACCGGCGAGGUUCAGAUCCAAAAAGCAGCACAAUAG